GUGACAGAAUUUCUGUUCACUUCCUGUAUAGGUUGCAUAGUUCUUUCACGUUCGAGCCGGAAGAAGUGUAGGGCUUGUACCGCAUCGUUAGAAGCGAAAAUAGAUAAUUUAUAUUAACAACAACGUGUAUUUAAUUAUAAAAUCAUGGCAGUUGGUUUGAGAGGACUUUUUAAGUUAAAUCUUGGCUUGACAAAAGCUGUGUUCUCUAAAUCUAAUUUUUUAACUGUUGGCCUUCGGUCUUUGUACACGGAACGAGAUUUAGGUAUAACAUCAUACGAGAACACAAGAUUUCUCUAUCGUAAUCAGUUCAUAUCAAUAGAAGAUACUUUCCGUGCUAAAAUGAAAGAAAUUUGUCAGAAUGAAGACGGAAUGAUCUUUACAGAAGAUCUGAAAGCAAUGAUACAUUUAGCUCAGUCAAAUGAUACAGACAUGCAAUUAGUAUCUGAUAUGUUAGUGAAAUAUCUUAAGUUGAAGGCAGAGAAGCCAAUUUCUUCAUAUGUCUUUGGUACAGUGGUAAUGAGAAUGUGUUAUUACUUGAAUGAACCAAAGUUUGCAUUAUCUAUGUUCAAUAAUCCCGAAGUAGGCGAUACUUUUGCAUAUCAGUCAGCAAUUAGAGUUUUAGUGUGUUUACUAUUUAAACACCAGAUGUAUACUGAAUUAAAAGAAGUAAUUGAGCAAAUGGCAAAUAAAAAGGGUACAGAAUUUAUUUUAAGCAAUUCUAUUAUGCUGUAUGCUGCAUGUAUGAAAGAGAACACCCCAGAAUCAGCACAGUACGCAAUUGAACGGUGGAGAGAGCAUUGCAGAAUCAGGAUACCAUCAGCAAGAGCAACUUCGAUGGUAGCAUAUUUGGCAAUUAAACACAAUUCACCUGAGGAGGCACUAGAAAUGUUAUCUGUUGUAAACAGAAAUAAUGCUAUGUCUAUUAGGUGUCUAAAAGUUCUGGCAUAUGCACAUUUAGGGAAAUUUUUAUCGGUAAUCCCUUUACUGAAGUAUUCAACAGAACAAGAAGUAUUGGUCCCUCAUAAAUAUGGUUACUACGCAGAUGUGUUAUUCACACUUCAAGAAAAAUUACGGGAAUGUAACUCACCUGAAGAAGAACAGAUAUUGGCUUUGAUAGAGAAACUCAAACGACAACAACGAGUUGAGGGAGAGAGAACAUUAGAAGAGUUUUUGCUGAGGCCUUUAAUAACUAUGAAACGAGUAAAUGAAGGUACAGGCAUAAAACGUGAAACACCUGAAAAUAGGGUAGGAAUGAAGGGUUUCUUGUAAUAUAUUCUAUUCUUUUUUUAAUUGUUCUCCUAUUUGAUAAUAGCGUUUAUAUUAAA